AUGGGUCUUUUAACGCAAGCCUAUCUUUUGCUGCGGGAGAAUUGGAUCUUCCUUGUCCUUGCCCCAAUCGCAUUCCGUCUCCUCUACAACAAAUACGGGCAUGGAUUGUCCAAGAUUCCUGGUCCCUUCUGGGCCUCGAUAUCAGACAUCUGGCUUUUAGUGCAUUAUACCCGACGAAAAGGACUUACAGAGCGCCAGAUGCAUGAGAGAUACAACAGUCCUCUGCUACGCCUGGGACCAAACACUGUCUCGGUUUCGGAUCCAGAGGCAAUUCGUGUCAUCUAUGGAUGGAAGCCUGUCCUAAAGAAGAGUCGGUUGUACAUCUCCCAGCAAGUCACCACCGAGCAUGGAAAUGUCUUGGGUACCCUUUCGUCAACUCGAGAUGAGGACUGGCAUUCCAAGCUGCGACGACCCGUAGCCAACGCCUAUGCACUGAGUACGCUGGUAGAAUACGAGCCACUUGUGGAUUCAACAACGCGUACAUUUGUACGAGAGGUCACGGAGCGUUUCGUCAAGACGGGCAAAGAAUGUCCGUUAUCAGACUGGCUGCAGAUGUAUGCCUUUGAUAUCAUUGGCGAACUCACCUUUAGCAAACGAUUUGGAUUCCUCGAAUCUGGAAAAGACCUGAACGACAUGAUGUACCAUACCGGACGAGCAAUGGACUACAUUGGUAUUAUCGGCCAAAUCCCACUGCUGGACGAGUAUCUCCGUCUCAAAGGCUUCGGACAUAUCUUACGGAAAUUACGCAAAACUAAUGCCCAGAUGAAGUUUACCGUGGCCCAGAUCGGCGAACAUAUUACCUCAAAAGAUAAAUCUCGACCAGACUUCCUGAGUCGCUUCCUCCAAGCCCGCGAGAAGUACCCUGGUAUUAUGACGGAUGGCCAAUUGGCAAUGUAUACGAACACAAACGUUGGUGCUGGCUCAGAUACAACUGCUAUCGCACUGCGAGAGAUUAUCUACCGACUUCUCACGCAUCCUGGGAGCAAGGAAAGAUUCAUUUCUGAACUGCGAACGGUAUUACAGGAGCGGAAUGCAGAGGAUGCCGACCUCCCCGUGACAUGGGCCGAAAGUCACAAGAUGCCGUACUUUCAGGACUUUGUGAAAGAGUGUCUGCGAUUAUGUCCAGCACUAGGACAGAUAAUUCCACGGGAUGUUCCAGAGGGUGGUCUGACGCUGUGUGGGCAGUAUCUACCCGAGGGCACCGUGGUUGGGUGCAACGCAUGGACCGUUCAUCGGGAUGAGGAAGUCUUUGGUCCCGCGGCAAGCGAAUUCAGACCUGAACGAUGGGCGGAAGCCAGCCCCGAGAAGCGCAGGAAUAUGGAUAACUCGUUUUUUACGUUUGGGGGUGGGCCGCGGGUGUGCAUUGGUAAAAAUAUCGCCAUGCUCGAGAUUAAUAAGUUUGUCCCGGAGAUCUUUCGACGGUUUGAGGUUGAGAUCGUCGAUCCAAAUCGUUAUCAACGGUUACCGGGUUGGUUGGUUGUGCAAAAGGGGCUGGAUGUCGUGUUGAAAGAGAGGAAGAUGGGGCUUUCAAGUUAG